AUGUCAUCCAGAUAUGCCGCUGCGCGGCCAAAACGCGCCGGCGAGUCCUUUGCGCGACAACAUCACGGUGGCGGAGGUGGAGGAGGAGAUGGAAAUGGGAGCGACGAUGAGGGUGCUAGUGGUCACGAUCCAGGCAAGAAGGUUACUUUCGAUAUGCGCAACCCAUCGGCGUUGGCCCCAGAAGCGCGUGAAGACGACGAGGUGCUGGAGGCAGAUGUGAUUGGCGUGAACGCAGGCGCAACAAAGCGCGGCGCGGUCAACAUUGACGGUUACGACUCAGACUCGGACAAUGAGACGUUCAACGCACGUGCGGCACAGCGGAAACGGCCAGCAAAGGCAUCCGAUGCCGGCGUGGGAUUUAGCGUGUCAGGGAAUCCAGACGUAGAGGUUAACUUGUUUGACGAGCUGGACAACUACGACAAGCGGCUCAAGGGCGAGCCAGUGGGAGAUGAGAAGAACGGUGGCAAGGGCGGCGGUGACAAUGCCGACGAUGAUGACGACGACAUGUUUGGUGGCGGCGACGAUGACGAAGAUGAAAAGACCAGAACAAAAAAGGCGAGCAAAAACGGAGAUGGCGAUACCGAUGAGACGGGCAAGAAAAAGUGGAAGGAAGUGCGGUUCUUGCGAAAUAUCGAGGGCCAGGAAGAAGACAGCAAAAGCGGCGGCCACGUUCGCCUUGACGAGGAGUCAAGCAGUGACGAGGAGGAUGCCGAGCUCGCCAUCCAGGAGGAGGGCGUGGACGAAGAAGUCGGUCCGGGCGGUCUCAAGAAGCACGCGCCUCGCAUCGACGCCUUCAACAUGCGCCAAGAACAAGAAGAAGGUGCCUUUGACGAGUCCGGCAACUACAUCCGAAAAGCCGCCGACGCGGACGACCUGCACGACAGGUGGCUUGAAGGUGUGAGCAAGAAGGAGAUGAAACGUGCCGCGGCUGCACACGAAAAGCGCGAGGCCGAACUGCGGCAGGUCCGCCGGGAAGAGGACGAUAUCAUAACAGCGGAUGUGUUUGGGGCGCUGAUUACACGCCUGGAGCCUGGCGAAACGCCACUCGCAGCACUCGCGCGGCUGGGCAAGAACGCAAAUCAGUCCAAGAAGCCAAAAAACAAGCGCAUCCCAGCGUGGCGGCUCAAGCAGAUGGAGAAGAAGAAGCAGGCCCAGAGCGGCGACGAUGGCGACGAUGCAGACCAGAUGGACGUCGACAAGACGAAUGCGUCUGGAGAACCCAAGGCGGCUGAUGACCCAAAGCAGGCGCGGCUGAAGAAGGAGAUUGACGUCAUUACGGAAGCUGCCGACCGUCUACUAAACCGCGACUAUGCCGAGAUCUACGACAUGGUCCGGGAGAAGCUCAUCAAAGAAUAUCGCGUCGAGACUGGCGAAACGUGGGUUGACCCAGAAAAGCCGGUAGACAAUGGCGUUCCAAAAGACGUUAACGCUGCCAAGCUAUGGGAAUAUCGGUGGAUUGAUGGCCGAGACGGUGGAGUAAAGCAAGGGCCCUACGAUGCACCGACCAUGAAGGCAUGGCAGGAUGCUGGCUAUUUCGAAGGCGUUGAGUUUCGACCAGCAGGGAGCGGCGGUGCUUGGCGCAAGGAUGUCUCUUUUGCAUGA